UGCUCCAGUUCUAAUCAGUUGAAAAUGCGCUGCAGAUUACUGAGCUCUUCAUCUCUCACAAUAAUGCGGAUAAAACACACUCCUGGCUCACCUAGCCCGAGCGGCUACACACACGGAUAGGUGGUCUUAAAAAGGAACUUUGGAUUGAUUUUAUUGAUUUUUAGCCCAGUUCUCCGCGAUGACACAUUUAUUGGAGUCCUAGUGGAGGAAAGACAAAGGAGAGAGAGAGAGAGAGGAGGGCUCUGAGAAGCUACCAUGGUGUGGGCCUGAAACAAGACAAGAGCAACAUGAGCCGUGAAGACCGGAAUGUGCUCCGUAUGAAAGAAAGAGAAAGGAGAAAUCAAGAAGUCCAGCAGGGAGGAGAGGCCUUCCCGGCCAGCUCGCCCCUCUUUCCCGAACCUUAUAAAGUGUCUAGCAAGGAAGAUAAACUCUCAAGUCGCAUCCAGAGCAUGCUAGGAAACUACGACGAAAUGAAGGAAACAAUCGGUGAGCAACCAAUGUCAAAACUCCUGGCCAAAGGGUCGAGCGCUUCCUCCUCAGAGGAAAAGUCCGUGUACGCCGAGCAGCGGGGCGGGGCCAGCCAGAAUCAGAGCAACAAAUGGACUCCUGUCGGUUCGACCUCCGGGACCUCUUCCUCAUCUUUAUCCAAGUCCCAGAACCGCUCCGGUUCGUCCAAUCAGAGCAGCCACGGCACUAGCCAGCGCAGCGGCGCUAACAGCCAGCGGCACGACCGCGAAUUCAGUAGCAAGAAAUCGAGCAAGCAUGAGCACAAGGGCUCCACGAACUCGAGCGGACACUCGCGCUCACAAGCGGCCGAGCAGCACGGCAAGGAGCGCUACCACUCCAAAUCGCCCAGAGACCGCGAGGCCAACUGGGACUCGCCGUCCAGAGUGCACUCCUCAUCCUCCUCUUCGUCAUCAACCGCCUUCCCCAGUGGACAGCACUCAGGCCAGGCUUUUCCUCCGUCUCUCAUGUCUAAACCGGGCUCCAUGCUGCAGAAGCCCACUGCCUACGUCAGGCCCAUGGACGGCCAGGAGACGGCCGAGCCCAAGACCUCCUCGUCCUCCUCGUCUUCCUCCACUGAGUCGUAUGGAGGCCAGUCACACGGCAGCGGCGUCGCAGAGAUGAAGGCCAAUGGCAAAGCGUCGCUCGCCAAGCUGAAGAUCCCGGCCCCGGUCGAGGGAGCUCUGACAGGAGAUGUGAGCUGCGUGGAUGAGAUUUUAAAGGAAAUGACCCAGUCGUGGCCUCCUCCGCUCACAGCCAUCCACACUCCCUGCAAGACUGAGCCUUCAAAGUUUCCUUUCCCGACCAAGGAUGCCCAGCACCCAGGCUUUGGAGGAAUCAAAAAAAGCAUCUCAGGAAAAGGCUCGUCCGCCACGCAGCAGGCCAAGGCAUGCGAUGAGUCCAACAUGCUUCAUGACGAUCUCAAGCUCAGUAGCAGUGAAGACAGCGAUGCAGAGCAGGAGUCUGCUAAAAGAAACACCUCAACAAGUAAUAAUAUCAGUGAAGUGGCUGAGAGAGAGGACUCCAGUAGCCACAGUGGUUCUGAGAGCAGCUCCGGUUCUGAAAGUGAAAGUGAGAGCAGCUCGACAGACAGUGAGGCCAACGAGCCGCCCCGCGCCGCCUCACCUGAGCGCGAGCAGCCCCCGGAUAACAAGUGGCAGCUGGACAACUGGCUGUCCAAGAUGGAGGACCGAGAGAGCACUGCUCCUCGCGGGUACAGCGGCAGCCAGGGGCCCAAAGACUCCGCCCCCGCACCGGGACGGGACCAGCGCGCCACGCAGAAGGGCUCGGAGAGGAGUGCGGGGCGACAGAAGUCUCCGGCGCAGAGCAGUGAGGGGGGGACCGGCGCCAGCCAGAGGCGCACCAUGGGCAAAAAGCAGCCCAAAAAGUCGGAGAAGACGCCUGUGGCAGAGGAGCCCAAGGGCAGCCUGAAGGUGGAGAGCGAGCCUCGGGCCGAGACGCCUCAGCCCCGCGUGAGGGCGCCUAACAAGGGUCCACGCAAACCCGCCGCCAAGAAGGAGCCCAAGAAAGAAGUGCGGCCGCCUCCAGAAAAACGCAAAUCCAAGCCUCAGGGCAAGCAGAAGUCGCGGGAGUUUGUGGAAACUGAGCCAUCGUCGUCCUCUGACUCGGACGAGGAGGAAGAGGAGAGUGCGCCAUCUUCUUCACACACCCCAAAAUACGCCGCCCAUGUUUUCUCCCCCAUGGAAGAGAAAGACCUCCUUUCACCGCUGAGCGAACCGGACGAGAAACCGCCCGUACUCAGGCAGCUGCUCGUCUCCAUAGACCUCACCCUGCUGAGCCGAGUGCCGGGCCGCGGGUACAAAGACGUGGAGGUGAAGGUGGAGCGCGAGUCGGCUAGCGACGCCAAGGAGUUCCAGAAACAGCCGGGGGAAAGUAAACCCAAUAAAGGCAAGAGGAAACACAAGAACGAUGAGAGCCUCAAACCAGACAACAAGAAGUCCAGGACGGAGGAGAAGCCAUCACAUAAACCCAAUAAAGAGUCGUCGAAGCGCGUGGUGGAUAAGGAGAAAGAGCCGGUCCCGUCUCCGUCCCUGAGCCUCCAGCGCACGCCCAAGUCGGAACAGCCGGGGCGCAAACGCACGGUCAGUCAGUCGUCCAGCUCUGUGCCUGUCAGCGGCAAGGACACGCCCAAGAGCAGCUCCAACUCCAAACACCGCAAGGGCGAGGAAAAGCUGGGCCGCGGCAACAGGGACGCCAAGGAUAAAAGCUGUAAAUCUGAGAACCAGCUGGCUGUGCCUCCUCUCCCCUCGGACAGUUCCAAGCGGUCCAAGCUGCACUUUGAGGAGCGGGUUCAUUCAGCUGAUCAUUACCUCCAAGAGGCCAAGAAGCUAAAACACAACGCAGACGCUCUGAUGGACCGGUUUGAGAAAGCGGUGUAUUACCUGGAUGCGGUCGUCUCCUUCAUCGAGUGUGGAAACGCGUUGGAGAAAAGUGCACAGGAAGCCAAGUCCCCUUUCCCCAUGUAUGCUGAAACUGUGGAACUCAUUAAGUACACUAUGAAGUUAAAGAGCUAUAUGGCACCAGACGCUACCUCAGCAGACAAAAGGCUGGCAGUCUUGUGUUUGAGAUGUCAGUCUCUGCUCUACCUGAGGCUCUUUAAACUGAGAAAGGAGAGUGCACUGAAGUACUCAAAGACACUCACUGAGCAUUUAAAGAAUUCAUUGAGUAAUACUCAGGCACCGUCUCCUGGGAUGGGAAAUAAAGCGGUCGGGAUGCCCUCCCCGGUGUCGCCCAAAGUGUCUCCAGGCAGCGCGGGCAGCUACUCCUCCAGCAGCUCCUCGAGCCAGAGCGGCAGCUCCUCCGUCACCAUCCCACAGCGCAUACACCAGAUGGCCGCCAGCUACGUGCAGGUCACCUCCAACUUCCUGUACGCCACCGAGGUGUGGGAGCAGGCCGAGCAGCUCGCCCGGGAGCAGAGAGAGUUCUUCACCGAGCUGGAUAAAGCGAUGGGCCCGCUGAUCUUCAACACCAGCAGCAUGACUGAACUGGUCCACUACACACGCCAAGGUCUCCACUGGCUCCGGCUCGACGCCAAGCUCGUCUCAUAACACUCUCCCCGUCCUCUCCCGUCAUCUCUCUCUCCCUCCCUCUCUCCUCCCUUUCUUGCCUUAUUUGCAUUUAUUUAAUCUGCCUCAGACAUAUCUGUCACACUGUGUUUAUCAUCAACACCAGCUUGCCAAAAAACAAUAAGACUGAGCAAGGCAACACCGAGCGCUCCCUGGAUAGCCCCGCCCCCUCUCCGCUGCUCGUUCAUGGUGAGGCGACCGAACACUUCAUCAGCGGCGUGUCGUCAGGCCGCAGCGUCUCGUUACGCUGGAACUUGAAUCAAAUCAAGCAAAGCCAUCUUUUUUUUUUUUUUUUUUUCUAAGAUCUUGACGGCUGUGAGCAACACUUUUACUGGGAUCUCUCUCUCUCUCUCUCUCUCUCUGUGUUUUUCCCCCUUUUCUUUUGUCCUCCGCUUUCUUUUAAACCAGCGUACCUCCCUUUAACCAAAGGUGCUUUAAAUACUAAGGGUUUGUCCUUCUUUCUCUCUCUCUCUCUCUCUCUCUCUCUCUCUCUCUCUCUUUUGUGCCUUGUAUGUGAUCUACAGAAGGUUCGCUGUUGUGUACGCGAGCCGGUCAUGAAACCGGGUCGAAUUGUUAGACAGGAAGUGCAGGACUCGGGGAACGGCCACGGAAUGUUAACGACUUAAUCCGUGAAGCGCGCAUUCCAUUCGGUGCACAGGAACGGGCGUGGCCGAGCCGCAACGCAGAGAGAAAUAUCAUAGCAUGCGGAAAAUGUGAUCCGUCUCCUGUGCAGACGAGCGUGACGAACCCGAGCACGUCAGCGACGACCAAAAGGACCUGAAGCAUCACCAGUUUAAUCCCAGAACCAGUUUAAUCUCAGUCCACUCCUCCGUCACUUUCCCAGUCUCUUCCUUUUUCACUUCUACACAGACGGUUAUUUUUAUUUAAUUUUUUUCCAGACGUGAUUUCUACUCGCUUUUAGAUUUCUAGAGUCCACAGUUUAUACAGAGCGCUCUUCUUCUUCUUCUUCUUCUUCUUAAGCACAUGAAUAUUUUAUUACUGCCGCUUCAGUACGCCACCUAGCAGGAGUAUAAAUAUAAAUAUAUAUUUUAUUUAGAUAUAGAAAGUCGUCAUUUUCACUCACAGAGUAAGGCUCUUCUUCUUCUUCUUCACCUUAAGUACAGGGUUGUAUUAUGGGAUGUAUAUGAAAUGGCCAUAUUUAAGUAUUUAAUAUCAGUCUUGGGAUUUUCUUUAUAGCAUCGUUGUUUAUUAUAACAGAUCAUUUAACAGGCAGGUGGCGAGUGAGGAAUAUAUUUAUUACACACGUACUUUAUAUUUAUAGUUUCUACACACACACACACACACACACACACAAAUAUGUCACGUAGUCACUCGGUCUGGCCAGGAGGUGGAUAGAAAAUAUAUAGGUAUAUAUAAGCGGUUUUACUCAUUAAGGGAAAAAAGGAAAAGCUAAAGUCAGAGUAUUAAUACGUGAGGUUUUUGUUAAAGCUAAACGUGUACAAACUGAACUGGUACGAGAGAGGAGGAGGAGGGAGAGGAUGAAGGCUCGUAUCUCGUCAGUCUGCAGCGUAUUAAAUGCUGGAACUCGACCAUCCUUUGCACUAGAUUUUUUUGUUUUGUUUUCUCCGUCGGCUCCCUGUUUUCUCUGUAGGGACAAACUGUUGUUUCUUCUUGCACUUGUUCAGAGUUGAGGAAGAAAUCUGUCUAUGCAGAAACUUUUUUGAACAGUCCUCUCAGCUAACUCCGUGUUUUCAGAAAGUAUUAAACAAUCACGUGACUUUAGCUACUUCCUGAUGAAUACUGUACAAUAUCUCUGGUUCUUAUAAGCGACGACGCACCCAAAGAUAUUCUGCGUUUGCCUUCGUUCAGUUCUGUGGGAGUUUCUCAGCUUUCUCACACAGAGAAAUCCCGCGUUCCCGUGUUCCUCGUAGUUAAAUUGCCAAAACGAUGUUGGACAGCGGUGUUCGUGUGUUUGACUCAAUAACCAACAAAGUGUGCUUUCUUCUGGCUUGGAAAGAAAUGUAGCAUUUUUAUUAUUUUUAAUUUUAUUGUAUUUGUAACGUUUCUGAAUUUUCAGCGAGGACGUGGUGACGCAGACACGUGACCAAGAGAUUUGGGUGGAAUUUAUAAAACUCUAUUUUAUUUAGUUUUUUUUUUUUUUACUGCAGUUGGAGUGAACGCUCCGACCCUCACGCCGAGCCGAAAGAUGACGAGCGGGACAGGGUUUAGUCGUUUGCGUAUUUAACUUCUGCACUACAUUCACUAUAAGUUCCAAAACUAGAACUGAUUCACUGCUGUGGCUAAGGAUUAUUUUAUGUUAAUUUUUUUAUCUUUCCUUUAAGUCAACACCUAUCUUUUAUUAUUAUUUUUUUUUUAUUUCUUUCUUUGAAUUGUUAGUUUUAAAAUAAUUAAAUUGUUGUAUAAACUAUAAACCAGGGUAAACUCUUUUCAGACAUCUACACAAUGAGAACACUUGCAUGUUUGUAUUUAAAUGCUAAAACUGUACAGAUGUACAUAUAUAACGUCUCUUUUAGGGUAAAUUUUUAUGGCAUUUUAACAUUUGUAUGAAGUUGUAAAUAGAAUGUUAAUAUUAGUCUCGUCUUUCUCGCCCUUUUCUCCAUCAUGAGUUUCCUCGAUCACAUCAAUACUGUGUAGUUUUUAAUUCAACUCUUUAUCCGUAGUGCUGUUUUAUCACUGAAGCCUGUGUGUGUGUGUGUGUGUGUGUGUGUGUGUGUGUGUGUGUUCUCUGUGGUGAUGCUGAUCGUGGUCAGUGAGCUGAUGUGCGGAGUUUUUAAUAAUCGUGUUGGAAGUGAAGCCUGUAGGACGGCUGUAGCUCGUGUGUCUUUCAGAUGUUUGAGGCGUCCGUCUGCGUUCAGCUCGUCUCUGUGUUCACGUUGUACUCGUUUUAGAAUUUUACAAAAAUGCUGAUUAUUUCUGACGAGUUCCGCAGUUCAUUAUAUCAAAAUCAGUUUAAAGUAUUGAAGAGAUUGAUCAGAGAAAUUUACAUAUUAUAUAAUGGAUGCAAUAUGAUUUACAUUUUAAAGGUACUCUCAUGAGCCUCGAUUCGAUUAUUCUAUAAUUUAAAAAAACAAGUUUUUGUGAAGUGAGUAUUACUGGAUACUAAUGGGUUUUCUGAGUCUUUGUAUUUUGCUGUAUUGAGAAUAAAAUCUAUAUGAUUAUUGAACUUCUUCAUUUAUUUA